AUGAGUUACGGUAUCAAAUUCAGCAGAAAAAAUUACCGCUUGGUAUCGAUAGUUAAUGAAAUUAUUGAAACCAUCGUGGGCAUGGGACGCUUGCACGGCGUGACAAGUUUGAGGGAAAAGCAUCGGUACAACAUAACACCGUGGUCCAGGAGAUUGAGUGACGACGAGGACUCCGAUACGGAAGACGACGAGAGGCUCGCAGUCGCCGCGGCUGCAGCUAUAUUUGCCGCCCCUCGAGUCAAAAAGACAGAUCGAAAUUCAUCCAACAACCUGCAAGCAGCAAAUCCGUCUAGCGACCGUGAAAGGCUGGCUCUCGAUAUAAGCACGCUGAAACAACAGUACGCCAAGUUACGGGAACGCCAGCGGCAAGCUCACAUUAUCCUGUCGGCCGCGUGCGCGAGGCAAUCCAUGGGCCCAAGCGCGUCGACGGCCAGCCAGGCAAUGAACCAUCUUCUGGUGGGCAAGAGUGCCUUAGUCAGCGGCAAGAAUCGGCCGACGAUUCGUUCGGCUCCGACGGCUCCUCUGGCCAUGCGAGCCAAGCCCAUUGCCAGUCCCGUAGCUCAGAAUCGCAGAGACCGACAGCAGCAGCAACAGCAAGGCGUCACCAUUCAUUGGAAGGACAUGAAGAAGCGCAAGGACGAACGCGAGGUGGCUGAAUCAGCAGUGGCAACAGCAGCUGAAAGGGAGUCCGAGGUGGUGGAGGAGGUGAAGCCAGCAAGUGCCUCAGUCGAGAUGAGCAUGUCGACGCCAGUUGCCAGGAGGGCCUCGGGUGGAGGCGGUGGCUCCGGGCUUGACAGCGACAGCGACAGCACUUCCACGGAGCUUUGCGACGAGCCCGAUCGGAUGAGCGAUCUGGACAGCGAGGAGAUGACCUCGACCUCGGACGCUUGUCCGAUUAACAAUUCUGAGGAGGGGAAACAUAUGAGGGAAGGCUCGCCCGAUGUGUUGACACAGAGCGAGCAGCAGACGACGAGUGGAAUGAACAGCGAGUACUCAGAAGUCUCCAAGGAAGAAACGUCAAUCGCCGAAAUCACGGACCAGAUAAGGAGGCUGUCAGCAGAUGAUGCGGACCUCAAAACGUCUCUCAACGAUGACCAACACGUCGAUGAACACAACUUGUCGAUCCUUGAAUUCUCAAGCAAUGACUACACGAUUGCAAAGGAACGCUUGUCGAUAUCAAACUCCUACGAUGAAAAAGGGUCGUCGUACAUCUCAUCAAACUUUGAACCAAUGUUCAGCGAGGAAAAAAAGUACGAAUACACCGAUGACGUAAUUCAGAGUGAUGCAUACCAAACCCUCGAGGCACGAACUAAAGACACGUGUAGUAUCGUUGCUCCGAAAGUAAUAGACUCAAUUUUGGCUUUGGACUACGAUUUUUUGGAGUGUAAAUUAUUGAGUGACAAAUCCGACUCAGUGACGGAGUUAAAUAGUGGUUGUGCGGUUCAAAAGUGCGAAAUCAUCGGAUCGGUAGUUCCUAAUACAGUAGAAGUCGAGAAGAAGGAAGAAAAUGAGGCCAAUGGUAGUUCCAAUAUCACGUAUCCUACAAAGUCAUCCUACGUGAUAGGACACCAGCCCAUUGUUCCAACGUGCUUUGAGGCAAGAAGGCCUGGCAGAAUUUCACCCAAAGUUUUCACCUCGAGGGAUGAGGCCAGGAAUGACCUACUCGAGAGAAAUUCUUUUGAAGACAAUCCAGAGGCUUCCAUUCUCGGAUCCGAAACUAAGUAUAUUGGCUACAAGUUCGACGUGAAGCCGAGUCCUAAAACUCCUGAAAGCUUCAAAUCCUUUGAUUCUGGGGAGACCAUGGGUCCAGACUCGGUGACCUCGAGUGUUGUCGUCACCCCCUUGCAUUCGGAUUUACGGGGUAUUUUUCUGGCCGAUAAGUCUGUCGCUUCAUCCGUCAGUUCGGACUCAAAGACCUUGACGAUGCGGUCUAUCGAAUCUGACGUAGCGAUGAAGAAUCAAGUUGAGACUCCAGGUGACAAGUCUGUCACGCCAUUGACGGAUUCAUUAAUGCAAGCCAAGUCAGUCGAACCAGCCUGUAGCUCGACUGAAUCUUUCUGCAGUCCGUCGAAACCUAAAUCAGAAAAAUCCUUUAGCUCUGAUCUUCAGUCACCCAUCAGUGCCAAUUCAAUCAAGUUCACGCCAGGUUACACCUAUAAGAACAAUGGAAUCGAUUUGCAGAAACCAUCAACGGAAAUCGGUGCCGUUACUUCACCAUUCUAUCCAAUAUCAAACCCCAAUAAGAAAACUCCAUCGCCCUAUAGUGAAGACAAAAGUAAAACGAGCAAAGACAGUGCGUACUCGAGAAAAUUUCGGGAAAUUAAUGAAGAUCAGGGUACAAAGAAUUACCUGGAAACUAAGCCUCUCACGCUAGCUUUUGAUGUUGAGUCGAAAAUUUCUACGCAAGCAUUCGAUGUUCCUCAGUUAACAACUACCGAUGAUAAUGAUUUCAGCACAUCGAUAGAUGAUGAAACGUUUAAAAAUUUGCCGACUCAGUUGUAUUCAUAUAUCGAUCAUAACGUGAAAUCUAAGGAUACUAAACUUCCCGAAAAAGAUAUUGGACGUACUUCAGCAUUUGAACCUUAUCGCAAAAGCAAGUACGAGGAUGAGCUUCAGGAAACUGACACACUUUCACCUCUUCCACGCAAUCAAUGCAAUGAGUAUCAUAGCGACAUCUUUGAACGAACUCGUGGCAGGUCAUUGGAUGGUAAACUGGAAACCCUAGAAAUAUCAGGUAAAUCAUGUGAACGCAGCAGUAGUAGCUUAGAGAAACGUUUCCCAGAAAUGCUACUGUCUCCGUCAAUGGAAGAUUUUGCUAAUAGCGUGAAGAAGCGAUCUAGUGAUGUUUUGGAGGAUUUGCGACACUUGGAAUCGAAAUCGACUGAAGAUGGAGAGUUGAAUCCAAAUAUGUUAACGAGAAAGACAAGUUUCAUCUGGGAAGAUUUAAAGAGCCUCGAAGCACGUAGGCAAGACACUUUCAGCGAUUCAGCCAAAGAAUUUUCUAGACAAAGAAUUGAAAUACCUGGUAUCAGUAUUUCUAUGAAAGGGCGUAAAACAUACGUUGUGGAGCCAAAGAUCAAUAUCGAUGAAAAUAGCGAUAGCAUUUUAAAGUCAGUCACGUAUAAAAACUCUAAUGGACAUAACUACGACGUUGACGAUGACAGGGAGUCCAAGUUGGGAGUUUGGACAAAGGUUAAGCCACGUAAAAGAAAUGAUAAUGGGCGUAGAAGUAGCGAUAGGGCUUUGAAAAUUAUUCAAGAAAAUUCGGUAAUACUUCAAAAGAUUUUAACUUGUCAAGCCAGAAAAAGGUUGCCAGAUUUAGAAGAAAUAUCAAAAGAAAUUACUAUUAGCCCUAUCAAUGAGGAAAUAUCCAAAAUUUUUAGUCCUAUUCUUGAAAAAAUGGGUUUAAAUGAGCAUGAGAUUAACGAAGAAUUGGCAAGGAUUAACUUCAAAGACAUCGAUCGAAAUACAACUACUACAACAGCAUCAGAAUUCGAGGCUAAAAUCAAUGAUGAACUAUCAAAACUUUCGUUAGUCGGAGAUAACGAAGAAGUAGCUUAUUUACCAGAUGUAGACGAUUUGUCCUCUGAUUACUUUGUUGCAAGAGAAGCCUUCAUCGAUCGACAAAUAAAUGAAGAAUUAUCAAAGCUGCUUGUAAAUUAUUCGGAAGACUCUCUGAUAAAACAUCAAAAAAUCUCGUCAAGCCUUAAUGCCACUAAUGAUAUAUUCAUGGGCUCAAAAAAAUCUUAUUCAUACCAGUCGUCCAAUGACUCUCUUGAGACUAAGAGUGACCUCGGAUCAAACAACACGAUUAACAGUACCAUUUAUCAGAAUGAACCUAUUUCAUACAUGACUCUUAAUAAUUAUAUGAAACCGGAAAACUUUCCAACUAAAAAUGAUGCUGAUAUUUACAGAGAAUUGGAAAAAUUGAAUCAUACAUCUUACUCACAGGUUGUACCUUCUGUUGCAACAGAACUACAUCGAGAUAUCACUUCACCAUACUUGAUUGAUACAAUAAGAUCGCCAAAAUCGGAUUAUCCUAAACAGGUUGUAGACCAACAACCAACUUACGACACAUUAUCACCUUUGAAAAGUCUUUACAAUAGUUCUUAUCCUUCUACAACAUUUCAGUCUUCUUAUGAUUACAAAUCUCGGAUGUCACCUAGGAAAGUACCAGGCAACCCUUAUUCAGUUCGAUCUUACGAUUCUACAUUAAGUUUAGAUACUGGUUUUGAAAAUACAACUUUUGAGAUGACCGCUAUAAAAGCAAGUGCUCCAUCUACGUUAAACUAUGAGUAUGGACCGACAAAACAUAUUUUAUCUAAAGAACAAUUAGAGUUUCGUCUAAAAUACGAUUUGGAUGACGAUGUGAGUGCAACUAAAAAAUCAUCAGCAGAAGACAUUGAUUUAAAACUUAGUCCAUUUCAAACGGAUAUUGCAAAGCUUGACAAAGGAGCAUCUUAUUAUACAGAUACAAAUGUCAAUACUCCCACGAACAAAUAUUCAUCCAGCAAAGAUAACGGCGUAUGUUUGGCCUCAAGUCUUGGAGGCAGCAAUAAUGACACAAUUGCAUACCAUAGAAAAUAUGAUGGCACUUCACCAGCGGACAAGUAUUCGUCUCUUAGUAAUGAUUGCGAUAUGUUUAGACAACCUUAUAAAAUCACACCAUUGGACCCUGAGGCUCAAGUAUCUGCAUACUUGUCAGAAACUUUAGUAAAUAAUACAUCCAGUUGUCAUCGAGAUACUCACAUCUCAUCACCAAAUUAUCAUUACGACUACGCUAAGUCAAUGAGCAGCUCGUACGAUACCGUGUCACCCAGUUUCGAUAAUUCUUCUUCAACGUCGAUAAGAACAAAAAUAACUUAUUCUGACGUUAUGCCAACGGAUAAUUGGAAGUAUAGAAAACCAACCUUAGAAGAAAACAAAGGUGUUAAGUAUGACUUUGAAAAAAGUCCAAGUCCAAAAUCGUUAGGGUUUAGUCCAUUUCCAAUAAGAAAUAUUCCAAGGAAACCGAAAGAAGUUGCUGUGAAACUGGGAUUGUAUUCGCCAACAAAUUCGACCCCAUUAAAAAGAUCUUAGUUUUUAUUAUAAGUCGUUAACUUUACAGAUAAACAUAAAUAGCACAAUAUUUUAAAUUCAAUAACAAUUAAAUAUUGAAACUAUUUGUUACUUUUUGUAAUUUGUCGAAUUCAAAUGUCUACUAUUGUAUAUAAUACAUUAUAUUUAAUUUAAAUGUAAGUUGCGCGAAAAUAUACUGUUACAAGCUUAGAAAUAACAUUUUAUUGUUAAAAAUUGUGAAAUAUGCAAUACCCUUAUGGUUCCAACAUAUAAAAGAAAAUCACAACUUUACCAAAAGAAGCUUUUGUAACAUCAAUGAUCUGUUAAUUAUGGUACAAUUGUAAGAGAAUAAACUUAUGUAUGUAAAUAAUCGAAGGACAUAGAAAUGGGCCUAAUAUUAAAAUAGAUGAUUAUUAAUGCAAAUGUAAGUGUAACCUCUAUGAACGUUUGCCAGAUUUGUAAAUGAAAUAAUUGCCAUGAAUCAGUGGGGAUAUCUCUUUUCUUUUAACAAGGACAAAUGUGUUAAAUUAUAAAUGCAAUAUGUUGUUUAUGAAAUGCUACGUACUUGUAAGUUUACUUUGAAACAUUGUAAAUAGUCGGUAGUUUUUUUGAUCACGUUGUAUGCCAUUGAUGAGUUUGAGAUAAACUAUCA